UAUUAUUUUUAAGUAUUUUCUAAAACUGCAUUUUCAAUUCAUUAUUGAAUAUAAAAGAAAAAUUAAUUAAUUUGGAGUAAAAUGUUUUAUCUGUAUUUUGAUUAUAUUUGAAAAAUUAAACAUAUUUGAAUCUUCCAGAAUAUUUCUGUGGUAACGCUAGUUAGUAGCUGGGUUCUUACGAACUUGACAAUACGUAUAGGAAGGAUUGAACGUUUAUUUUCUGAAAUUUAAGCUAUUAAAAUUUAAUAUUAGAAGAAAAAGGUGAUAAAUUUGUAGAAAUAUGUUUUUAGCAAGUUAAAUUUAUGUUUACAUCAAACAAUUGCGUUAAUUCAAGAUGUCAAAUGAAAUAGAAACAAGUUUAUUAAUAGUUGUAUUAGACGUAAACCCUGUGCAAAGAAUUAUAAAACAGGAAACAAGGAUAUUGACGCAAUGCUUAGACUCUACUGUUGUUUUUGCGAAUGCUCAUUUAAUGCAAUCAUCUAAUAAUCAACUUGCCGUGAUAGCAUGUCAUAGUCAUGGAGCAAAAUUCUUAUAUCCUUGUGAAAAACCACUAGAAAUUAGACAAAUUGACGGACAAUAUGAAAAGUUUACCAUGAUUGAACGUACCAUACGGCAACAAUUGCAACAAGUUAUCAAUGAAAUUUCCAUGGAUAAACCAUUAAAUGGAGAAAGUCUUAUAUCCGGAGCAUUGACUAUGGCAUUGUGUUAUGUUGCAAGGUUAGAAAGGGAGAAAGUUGCUAGUGAAAAAAUAUAUUCCAGAAUCCUUGUGAUCACAGCUAGUAAUGAUUCAGCAACGCAAUAUAUGAAUUACAUGAACAUAUUCUUCACUGCCCAAAAAAUGGGAAUAAUAUUGGAUGUAUGCAGCUUAGAUCAAGAAUUGACUUUACUUCAACAAGGCUGUGAUAUUACUGGUGGGAAUUAUCUAAAAGUGCCCCAACUUAAUGGAUUAUUACAGUAUUUAUUGUGGAUAUUUUUACCAGACCCAAACGUUAGAUCAAAGUUAGUACUUCCACCACCUGUGAAAGUAGAUUAUAGAGCAGCAUGCUUUUGUCACCAAGAACUAAUUGAUAUUGGCUAUGUAUGCUCCAUAUGUUUAUCAAUAUUUUGUAAAUUUAGUCCAAUAUGCACAACGUGUCACACAGUGUUCAAAAUACCAGGACCUAUUCCCAUGAAAAUGAAAAAAAAGAAAAAGAAUGUAGAUAUAGUACAUUAAUUGUAUUUUUUACUAAAAUAUAUUUAUUUUUUCAUUAUAAAAACAUUACACGUUAUUUACUAACAAAAUCAAAAAAAGGUGCGAAUGGACAUGUUAUAUACCUUUAUUAUAAUACACUUUGUCUAUAUGUUCUUUCGCAUGUUCCUUAAACUGUUCAUAUUCGGAUGGAUACAACUUCAUCAAUAUCGGACUCAUAGAGCUUAACAAUUAAAAUGCAUUAUCGCAUGUUUUCGCAUGUGAACAAGAAAUAAGAUAUAAAAUUUCUUACCUUCGUUCGGGGAAAAUCGCAAGGGCGGAUGGAAUUGCAAAUAUGCAGCUAUAAAAAUAAAUUACAUCUAAUAAGAAACGAUUAGAGUGAAAGACCAAUGAAAUUAAAGUUGAGAAAUUACCCUAUAGCACAUAAACCAGUUUGAAUUGGAAUUAAGAUCCAUGGUCGAUGCUGAGAAAAACAAUAGGGCAUAAGUUUUUGAGUGAUGAUUGGAAUGAGAAGAAAGCAUGGUAUGGACAUAGCUAUUCUUGAGACUAAACAUUCACAAAUACUUUUUACAGCUGCUACUUUUGAUUUCAUGAAAGGUUCUGUUUUGUCUUUCAUGUAUAUUGGAAUUCCUGUUGUGAUCUCUUUGUAACGUAUGACUGGCAAAUUUAUUAUGUGACCAGUAGUCACUGCACAAAAUGGUAAACACCUCUGAUGACAGAAAAGUAUAAGAGGAAGUAUAAUGUAAGACGCUAAAAAGUAUAAAGAAGCAACAAGCAACUAACAGUAAAACGAGUGAAGUUAACCAGAAGUAAUUACGUUUAUACAUUGUUAAUACUUUAACAACAUAACAUUUAUAAAAGUUCCCUCUGGUUAAUAUAAUAGGAAUGGAUCUAUAAAUCA